AAAACAUACAACACCGGGUAUUCGCUAAUGGUCACCCACUUAACUACUAAUCCGGCGGUUAGUGGCUUAUUUAGGGGAGAGCAGACGGGAUCCCAAGUUCUCCACUACCUAUGGUCGUAUGUGCUCACAAUAGCGUAUCACAGACUUAUG